AAGGCUCUAGUGUAUCUGCUGUGUGCAUUUGCCAAGCAUUUCCAAACCUAAGUUCCCCAUAGUUUGAAGUCGAUCUGACCCCUGUUCUGCUUCUCAAGGUAACUUUAAAACAGGAAGUGUACAAAGGAGGUGUAACUGAUGAUGUGAAGAGCCAAUCAUGGCUUUGUGUUCUUAGCCAAUAAAGCAGCUUAGCCAAUGGGACCACUCUGGAGGCAAGGUUUGGUGUCAAAUAGCAUGCUAGAUUGAAUGCCUUUGACUGUUAAAGUGGAAGGAGGCUGCAGGGCUUCACUGGAGCUUCGGAGUUUUUCACUGAGGCAGGGGUCAGCUGAAAGACAAAGAAAAAUGGCGAAUAGUUUGCUGGGGGGUGGGGGGAACAGCUGUUCGGGUUUUCACUGGAGUGGACAUUCCAGACUCAGGUUUCUGCAUCUCCUGCUGCCUUUUGUUUCCUCCGUCCUUUUUUGGGGGGGAGGGAUAGGAGUGACUUAAAUUCUCCCUGUCCGAGGAGAUAUAAAUAACUACAUGUAAAAUUAAUGCAGUUCCCGGGUCUUGAAUGGACAUGGAAGCAGCCAGAGGUCUUUUCAGAACAGAAUCUCUUUACUUGGUUGGUGGGGCCCGGUGGGGUGGAAUGUAGCCUAGACUCCUGGUCUCCUCUGCCACAGCAAACAAGAUUCCUUCUGCAAGACAACAUCCACACACACCUAACCUACAGAAGAGUCUGAGGUAUUCAAGGAGGCAUGUUUUAAGAAUUGAAAUGUUUUUGGAUUAUUCUGAAGGGGAAAAUGUGUAGCUACAGAUCAUUGAUGUUCUGAGAUUUAAAUUUGGAGCAUUCCUAAUCACUUCCAUCUUGAGUUCUUUGCUUAUUUGGAAUUAGUACAUUCAUUCUAAAUUUAAUAGUUUAAAGAACUCUAAAACUUACUUCAGUUUUAGAUGGGAGAUUUUAAAUGGGAGAUUUCCACACAUUUGUUUCUGUGCUUCUGAAACUGGGCUUUUAGGAAACUUGGUGAAAAUUAAGUACUCUAGAAGAGAAGAGGAAACAGGUUCGGUCAGCCUUGCUACUGUGUCUGGUGCUCUUCAGGCCAGUCGAUGUUACUUCGUUAAUGAGCAGCAAUGAUGAUAAUGCCAUCUGGCAUUUGUGUGAUGCUUGACAUCUUUCAGUCUUCUAACUGUAUUGUGGUUUCAUUUAUAACUGUAUUUUCCCAUUUCUGUGCUACAACUGCCUGCCUGUGAGGUGCUGUCGGUGAACUGAGGUCUGAAGAAGUUAAGUGAUUUGCCCAAGAUCAUAAACAUACAGCAGGCAUAUCACUAAGGGAGGAUUUGGCGAGCAUGGUACCUGGUCAAGAGCAAGAACCUGAAAGAUUUCCAAGAGAAUCUUAAAAGAGGAGCAUUCUGCUUCUGGGAUGUUUUGGAAACUGCUUAGGUCUCUUUCUUUCUUCAAGAAUGAUAAAAAGUAACUGGAUAUUAGAGUGACAGCUAGAUUUAUCCACGUUUGAGUGACGUGAUUGAAUCAUCUCAUUUCCUCCAUGAUUUUCUCCUGUCUUCCUGCUAAUGGAUGGCCAAACAGAGUUGUCAAAAUGUCCACAGAAGGUGGAUUUGGUGGCACUAGCAGCAGUGAUGCCCAGCAAAGCCUACAGUCCUUUUGGCCUCGUGUCAUGGAAGAAAUCCGGAAUUUAACAGUGAAAGAUUUCCGAGUUCAGGAACUCCCACUGGCUCGUAUUAAGAAGAUUAUGAAAUUGGAUGAAGAUGUGAAGAUGAUCAGUGCAGAAGCCCCUGUGCUCUUUGCCAAGGCAGCCCAGAUUUUUAUCACAGAGUUGACUCUUCGAGCCUGGAUCCACACAGAGGACAACAAGCGACGGACUCUGCAGAGGAAUGAUAUCGCCAUGGCAAUUACAAAAUUUGAUCAGUUUGACUUUCUCAUCGAUAUUGUUCCAAGAGAUGAACUGAAACCUCCAAAGCGUCAGGAGGAGGUGCGCCAGUCUGUGACUCCUGCCGAGCCUGUCCAGUACUACUUCACGCUGGCUCAGCAGCCCACCGCCGUCCAAGUCCAGGGGCAGCAACAAGGUCAACAGACCACCAGCUCCACAACCACUAUCCAGCCAGGCCAGAUCAUCAUCGCACAGCCACAACAAGGCCAGACCACACCUGUGACCAUGCAGGUUGGAGAAGGUCAGCAGGUGCAGAUUGUCCAGGCCCAGCCACAGGGUCAAGCCCAGCAGGCCCAGAGUGGGACUGGACAGACCAUGCAGGUGAUGCAGCAGAUCAUCACGAACACGGGAGAGAUCCAGCAGAUCCCGGUGCAGCUGAAUGCUGGCCAACUGCAGUAUAUUCGCCUAGCCCAGCCUGUAUCAGGCACCCAAGUUGUGCAGGGACAGAUCCAGACGCUUGCCACCAAUGCUCAACAGAUCACACAGACCGAGGUCCAGCAAGGACAGCAGCAGUUCAGCCAAUUCACAGAUGGACAGCAGCUCUACCAGAUCCAGCAAGUCACCAUGCCUGCCGGCCAGGACCUCGCCCAGCCCAUGUUCAUCCAGUCAGCCAACCAGCCCUCCGAUGGGCAGGCCUCCCAGGUGACCGCCGACUGAGGGCCUGAGCUGGCAAGGUCAAGGACACCCAACACAAUUUUUGCCAUAUAGCCCCGGGCAGUGGGCACAGCCUCCCUCCCCAGAGGACCGGGUCGACCUCAGCGCCUCCUGCAGGCUAGGACACUGGUGCACUACGCCCCACACCUGGGGGCCGAGAUUCUCCAGCAGAAAGAUGCAAUAUUUUUUAUUUCCUUUUUUCCACUUUUUCUCCAAGAAAUCAAUAUUUCAGUAUGUGAGCUAUGUGUCCAAUUCUAUGAAAUGAAAAUAUUAAAUAACA